ACCAUCCAGUAGAUAAUGGGAAAGAACACCUGUAAAUGCCCUGUAAAUAAUAAUAUCAUCAAAAAUUCACUGAAAAUAUACUUUCUUGCUAAAUUUUAUCAAAAAAAAACGUAUAAGUUUAAAACCCAGAUUUCAAAAAUGAAAAAUCGUCCCACUACUUCGAAUAUUGUUUCCGAAUGGGAAGACAGUGUUCUUUUUGAUGCUGAUGAUCCAGAUUUCUGUAAUAUUAAUCCCAAUGAAACGAAUGUUUUAAAUAAUAUUGCUGUUGUGGAUAGUGUUGGUAGUGCUACUAACAUUUUCAUGCCACCACCAUCUAUAAUAGAUUCAAUAUCGAGUAAUUCGUUUAAUUUUAAGGUACCAUCAACAACAAUGUCUUUGGCAAGUGUACAUGGUCCUCAAUUCACUGAUAUUUGCAGCUCAUUGGGUCGCAGCAGUAUCAGCAUGUCAUCAUCAUUGUCUGAUUUAGUUGGCAGCCCUUUGGAAAUUUCAGUGGAUAAUGUUUUAACCAUUGAAGAAUUGAGACAACAUAUUGGUUCCUGUUUCACCUGUGGUGUAUCGUGGACCGAUGAUCAUGUCUCAUUGGAUUGCAGUGAAUGCGGUGGUUACAGUAUUGAACGUCCCUGCCCACUAUGUGACGGUCAAUGCGGUGUUCAAUGGAAACGUGAUUUUACCAUGUCUCAUACUUGUGGUAAAGCUCGUUGGUUGGGUGUUUGUCCCAGUUAUCCUGAAGCAGCUAUGCAUUUUAAUCAACCUACAUCUAAUACUGCUACCAUUACCAAUGCCUCCGCCUCCUGUGCUGCUGCAGCUGCCACACAAAUGCGUUUAGCUACCGAAUUGUGUGCCCGUCUAGAGCAGCUUUCAGCCUCUUCAUCAAAUCGCAUAUGAUUCCUCAACAACAAUAACGCCAUUUAAAUCUAAACCUCCAAAAUAUUAAAUCCAUCAACAACACCACAUUAUCCAGCAGUCAACUCUACAACACACAACAACUUUAAAUGUUGUUAUUCCUAACUAAAUCUAUCAUCAUAUUAUCCAGCACUCUCAUCACCAUACAUACAUACAUACCAACCCACCCACCACCACAAAAGUUAAUAUUUUGGUAUUUGGUUUGGUGUUUUUCGUUUUAAGUUUUUUAAGAGAAUCUUUAAGUUUUAAGCGCCCUCUUCAUGAUUAAGUUUAGAUUUAAGUUUAAACUAUUUUUGGUAUAAUUACAAAAACAAAAUUUGUAUAAAGAAAGAAAAUUGAAAUACGUUUUCAGUUACCCAGAGCCAUGUAUAAUUGGUUUGCUUAAUUGGCUUAACAAAGACUAAAUCAAAAUUUUUAAGAAAAUUUUUUAAUUUGUUUAAAACAAAAAAAAUUUUGAAAAAUUUUCUCUUUAAUAAGUUUAGUUUAGUAAUUUGUUAAACCACUUUGUGGACCAGGACAUACUUAAAUGGUCUCACUUUGACUGAACUAUUUUUAAACGAAAUUUAUUGUAUAAGUAAAACAAAACAAACAAAAAAGACUAUUGCUUUAAAAAAACUAAAAUUGUAUGAUAUUAAUAUGGAUUAUAUACUAAACGUAAACAAAAAUAUAUAGAUAUAUAUUAUAUAUCUUUGUACUUGUAACUUGUAUUUUAUAGUAUAAUUAAUACUUAAAAACAAAA